AUGCCGUGCGAGAGCGGUGUCCCGGGGUGCAGUGAGUUCAUAACAAUGGUAUCAGCAGACGUCAGGCGAAAGGCGCGCGGCGGCCGGCGUGGCAUUACGGCCACAACGUUAUCGGCGGCCCUAUCGCUAACAGGCAACAGGCCAUUACGGGGCACGUUCGCUGAUUGCGCUCACGUGGGAGAAAAGAAAACAUUCUCGGCUCGGAGGCGAUCGCGUGACCAGCUCAUGGCGCGCACUCUGUACUGCUCACGUGGACAACUUGGCCACGGCAAUCCUUCUUUCCAAUCGUUCAACACGAGUGGCUGCCCGAAU